AUGACACUACAAGAAAGAUGUGACGGUUUACAUUCAAAUUUACAUAUUGAAAAAUUAGAUUUACGAUUAAAUGGCAAUAAUUUAGAAACAUUUAUACAUGAAUAUACUGCACGAUUAGCUGGCAUUCCUCGUUUAGUGGCACUGGAUCGAACAAAUUAUGGUAAGUAAUGGGAAAAAUUUGUGUCAUAAGCUGCAAAAAGUUAGAGAAUAAAAGCUUAUACACUUUGAUUGUAACUAUCAAUCUUCUAUUAUAUUUCUAUUAUUCUUACUAUCUUUUAUUAUGAUAACUAUUCUAAUCACGA